AUGGAUAGAUGGAGGCCGGAGACUAACACUUUCCAUCUACGUGUCGAAAAGGCAACUAUUACUCUCCAGGACAUAGAAGUGAUCCUUGGUAUUUGUAUUGAUGGCCCUUAUGUUACGGGGACUGAUAGCAACACUAUUGCUCCAGCUUCUCAGAGCACCUCUGCCCAAAAGGCAAAGACAUUGAUUUUUCUUCGUCAUCAUCUCAACAAAGACCUGAAAAAUGAGUACCUUACUGAAAAAGAUCCUGCUGUUCUAUGGCAAUCCCUGAAGGAUCGCUUUGACCAACAGACGGCUAUUAUGCUUCCGCAAGCACAGUAUGAUUGGUUAAACUUGCAAUUUCAGGAUUUUAAAUACGUAACUGAAUACAAUUCAACCCUCCACCGCAUUGUCUCACAGCUGAAGCUCUGUAAGCAGAACAUUACAGAGGCUGAAUUGAUUGAAAAGACCCUCUCUACAUUCCAUUCAAGUAAUCUUGUACUCCAGCAACAGUACAGGACCAAAAACUAUUCAAAACACUCUGAAUUGAUCUCUGCGUUACUAGUUGCAGAGAAACAUAACCAACUUCUGAUGCGCAACCAUAAUGCUAGACCAGUUGGUUCGCUAGCUGUGCCUGAAGCACAUGCCACAAAUCAGAGUAAUACUCAUAGGCGUGGACGUGGUAGAGGUCGUGGACAUGGUUGCAGGUCUUAUCGUGGUGGUAGGGGUCGUGGUCGUCGCAAUGCUAAUAGUCUUCAAGACCGUAACAAGGGUCAGAACAAGGAUAAACCUCAUUCACACAAGCCUAGCUCUCAUCAACAGGUUACAAAUAACAAACAAGCUUGUUAUUGGUGUGGAUGUGAGGACCAUUGGUCUCGCACAUGUCGUACACCGAAACAUUUGGUUGAGGCAUAUCAGAGAAUGCUGAAAGACUCAAAGGGGAAGUCAAAACAUGGUGAAACACAUCAUGCCAGUUUGCCUGAAGCAAACAUGACCCUGAAAGAUGACAAUUAUGAUGAUAAUCUGUUGAAGAUGGGAGAUAUGAAUAUGGACGAUGAUGACUUAUUGAAGAUGGAGCUUGAUGAUUUUGGUGACCAGGAGUGA